ACGUUACGUCAGUAAGAUAGUAGAUUAUCGAAACGUUCGCUCGUUCAGUUCAUCUCCGCAUAGCGUCAUGUUCGCCGUCUUGUUCAUGCUCCUCUCUUUCUACCUCGCCAUAAAAGUAAGCUUAACUGAAGCAUAUAGACGACUGACUAAAGUACGAGAAGCCUGGAAGCGAUUGGUGAAACAACAGAAAAUAGAAGCCAUGCCUAAAAGGCAGUCAUCGGCGAAGAGGCGCACCGGUGCUAUUAAUGGCAUGGUUGCCUUCCAGAAUGCAGAGCCUCGAAAAUAUACAAGAAAGGAAUUAUCUCUGCCAUUCAUGGAUACCGGAAACUGGUUCCAGAAUGAAAAGGAGCAUUCAGAUAGAUCAGCCACGAAUGUACAUGAUUCAUUUCGAGGUCCUGAUGAAAAUACUGUCAACAUGUUAAAGGUACCUACUCAGAACCGAAAUUCCUCUAUCUUCAGUCGUCUUUUCUAUCAAGUGUCUCUUAUUUUAUGCCGAAAUUCUUCAGUCUGCUAUACAGAUGUGUCGGAAAAAGUUCUUUCUUCCGAAAGGGUAAAGACAGCCAUUAAGACAUCUGUUAUGGAAGAUUUGAAAGGACAAGACACUGUGGACUCUGGAAUUAUAGCUGCACAGUUAGUUCAUAAGCAAAGAGCAGUUCAAGUCCUCCAUCAAAUGAGAUCUUGUAUAUCAUCCUUUUUGCUGAAAAUUGCUGCAUGGGUUAUGUAUAAACUUCUUGGUAAAAUGCUAGAUGGUAUUGAAGUUGAAAAGAAGCAGAUAGAAGCUAUAAAAAAGGCAUCGGAGGAAGACAUACCUAUGAUAUACCUGCCUCUUCAUCGAAGUCAUUUAGAUUAUAUUCUUGUUACAUUUAUUCUUUACUUGAAUGACCUUAGAGCUCCAUUAGUUGCUGCUGGGAACAAUUUAAUGAUUCCAUUUUUUGGUGCACUGCUGAGGGGUCUUGGGGCUUUUUUUAUCAAACGAAAGCUUGAUCCACAAAAUGGUCAACGGGAUUUUGUGUACAGAGCUGUUCUUCACACAUACAUGGAAGAGAGCUUAAAGGAAGGCCAUAGCCUGGAAUUCUUUAUUGAAGGUGGUAGAUCUCGCACAGGAAAAGCUGUUUUGCCUAAAGCGGGAUUGCUGUCUAUUGUAGUUGAUACCUUGAUGUCAGGAGGAAUAAGAGAUGCAUAUAUAAUCCCUAUUGCAAUGAGCUAUGAAAAACUGCUGGAUGGAAAUUUUGUAUCUGAACAGCUGGGCAAACCAAAGCAAAUGGAAAGCUUCACAUCUGCGAUACAAGCCAUAUGGAGAACUUUGCAUUCUAAUUUUGGGACUGUACGAGUUGACUUUUGCCAGCCAUUUUCUCUGAAGGAGUUUCUUUAUGCUGCGGAAUAUUCUUACAAUUCACCUGCUAGAACUCUUCAGCCUUGUGUAAUCAAGCAAAACCAGUGUUUCUUUAAUCAUGACAUGAAGGCUCGACGUAGAUCGGAGUAUGGCACAGAGAUCGUUUCGGAGGAUCAUAGACAGCUUAUUAAGGACCUUGCAGACUACAUUGUUUACAAUGCUUUCAAUGCAUAUUCGUUGAUGUCCACAAACAUUUUGGCUUUUUUGUUUUUAACUAAGCACAGAAAGGGAGCUACAUUUAGUCAGCUUGUCAGUAGUUUGAACUGGUUAAGAGAAGAAAUUACAAAAAGAAAUAAAACAAUACAUUUCUAUGGUGAUUCUGCAGAUUUAAUUACUAGAGCAACAUCCUUGCUGGGAAAAAAUCUGAUUAAUGUAGACGCUGUGCAGAUGGAAUGGUCUUCAGGAUUGUGUAAUAACAAUAUGAAAUUAGUUUAUUAUAAAUCAUCUGUAAGUUUGCCACAUGUGUUGGAACUUCAGUACUAUUCAAAUGCAGUUUUACCAGUGUUUCUUCUUGAAAGUAUUGUAGUUCGUGCUGCAUUUUCAUCGAGUUCUAAAGAAUCUGAGAAGGAUGAAGAAGUUGAACCAGUAUAUAUUCAAAGGAGUUGUAUCUUAAAGCAGUCUUUUGAACUGUGUAGCAUUCUUCAGUAUGAAUUUAUUUUUACUCCUCCUGGUACAAGUAUCUGUACAGUUUUGAAUGCUACUAUUGAUGAACUCAUUGAUAAUUCUCUUCUCUUAAUUAAAGAUAAACCAGAUAUGAUUCCAGAUGAACUUCCAGAUUUGAUGCUUGAUGAUUUCUUUGCAUAUGGCGAUCAGUCAGAAUUACAACAGUUAAUAAUGGUAAACAUGGCUGAAGAUAAUCGGAACAUGUUGCAAUUUUUGCAGUGCAUUUUAGCUCCUUUUGUGGAAGCAUAUUUCUUAGUUGCAUGCACCUUGCCUAAACUUUCUAAUGUAGAAAUGGAAGAAUCAUUAUUUUUACAAGAAGUAAAGAGCUUAGGACUAAAGAAGAUUCAAAUGGGACAAAUAUUCUAUGAAGAGUGCUUAGGUUUGGACACUCUGAAAAAUGCUCUAAAACUCUUUGAAAGUUGGAAGAUAAUUUGUUGUAGAACACAAAACUCUCAAAAACUAUAUAGUUUGCAGCCUUAUUAUAAUAAUGCAUUUAGGUUGAAAGAUGUAAUAAAUAGGAUAGAGAAAUAUAAAGAUUAGAAUAAUUUUCUUAUAAAAUAAUUGUUUCCAUUGACACUUACGAAAGGAAGAAUGUCUGUGUGUGUUUGUGAAAUAUAUUAAACAUAUCUGUAAUUUUAUUGGAAAUGAUUCUACUCUUAAGCUCUCUGUUGGUUUAAAUUUUUUAUUGCUUUGAGAAUUUUAGUACCAUUGUAAAAGGUAUAUCAUAAACAAGUGUGUGAACUGUGUUAUUUUAAAAGAAACUUUUAUAAUUUGAGUUUGUUUUCAGCCUUUUAUGUUUUAUGUUUGUCAUGAUUAAUGUGUACCCAUGUAAAAACAAUUUUCUUGUAUCAAGAAAAUAUUUGAAAACUGUAUUUCUCAGCAUGUAAAUGAUAUAUUAUUUAUUUUUAAUUAUCUGACCUUGUUCAGAAGGGGCUUUUAUAAUUUUAUUACAAAGAAGUCAAGUAUUGCUGCACAUAUGGCAUGCAUAAUAUUAUGUGACAUUAAGUGUGCAUUGUAAAUCCCAUUAUGUCUUGCCCUAAAAUUGGUGGUCUUUGAUGGUAGUUAUUGCAUCCUUGUCUUUAAAUAUGAAUGAAUGUAUGGCAGCUGUCGAUAUCAAUAAUUUUUCAGUGAAAAAACAAUUGUAAUUUUAAGAAAAGGAAUAGUAAAGCAAAACUAAAUCCUUUAUAUGUAAUUAGGUUAAAAUAUGGUUAUUAUUUUGGGAACAAUCUUUACCAUGUUUUAAUAAUAUCCAGUGUGUAACUUGGUAUUUAACUAUUUCAUAAACAAUACUGUUUUCAAAGUUGUAAUAUUUAAAUUUUUUAAAUUCAAAUUUUGAUAUUUUUAAUCUUUAUAACUUUGAUAUUUAUAUAUAUAGAGAGAGAAAUAUAUAGAGAGAUAGAUAUGUAUGUAUGUAUAUAGAAUGAAUACUUUUGUACUUUUCGAAGACAGUUUUGUACACAACCCCCCAAAAGUUCAUCCAAUGUGAUAAACUUUGUUGCUUUAAAGGAAUGUGAUCAUCAGUUAUUCUGAACUUGUAAUUUAUUCUCAGUAAAUGAAGCCAUUUUUUGAAAAGGCGCAAUUUAAGUGUAACUUUGGUGCUACGAUAUCCUCGGUAUCUGUUAUUAGUAUGGCCAUUUACUUUUUUCUUUGAAAAUGUGGCCAGUUAAUUUAUUAAAAGCUCUACAAACUGUAAUCAAUAUUUUAUGUCAUAGAAAAAUUUAAUUUUGACUACUGCCAUAAAUUAGCAUUUAUUAAUAUAAGUGUGAUAUAAUCACUUUCCCUUGUCACUUUAAUUGUGCUUCUUGUUUUUUUAUAUUUUUCAUGGGAAGUGACAUUUUUUGAAAUUAUACAUCAGCUAUUUUUAGUUGUUUUUUUAUGAAAAUAUGCUUGUUUUCCAUUUCCUCUUGAAACAUGUUAGUGUCAACAAUUGUGAAUUAAUGUAACUUCUGUGCUAAAUGUAUGAGAGAUUUUAAGCAACUGUCAGCAGAUGAACUGUUCAUGAAUAUCUGUUCGACUUAAGUGUUGCAGUAAUACUCAUUAAGUGCAGUAUUGCACCGCAAUAUUUAAAAGUAUGAAAUGCAAUGAAUUCUUUGUAAGAAGGAUGUUUAAGCAGGUAGAGUAUGUCUGCCAACUUUUAGUCAUCUUGCAUAAUCGUUUUUUUCCCUUAUAUGUUUUAUGCUUUUGUAGAUUAUGUACUCUUAUUUUAUAUCAGGAUUUUUUUCCAGAUUGUAAAAAAAUGUUCCUUCAUAAUUUCAUUUUUAUGCGUUAUAAAUGUUUAUUGGUUUAUCAUUGUGCAUGAGAUUUGAAAUCUUUUAGUGAGUAUUUUUAGCAAUGUAGCAGCUCCUCAGAAAACAUUGUUUAUUUUUCUUACUCAAAAUGUUUUUUUCUUAGUGUAUUUGUCAUUUUAAGUAUUAAAUCAAGAACUCCAAUAAUUGUCUGCACACAGAUCAUUGAAAAGUACUAAGUAGUUAAACUUGCGAAUGCAUCAGUUUAAUUCUAAACAGAUGUAUACUUAUGUAAUUAUUAAAUGUUUUCUGCAUUUCCUUGAUAAGAAUGUAUAUAUUCUGUAAAUGUGUAUUUGAAAAUAUGUUAUUAUGGAAAGAAAACCUUUACAUCCCGCUCUUCAAUGCAUGUGUAAAAAUUUAAAUGAUAAUUUUUCCCAUGUUGGCAGCUAUGGGGAUAUAUAUUAUCAAAAUGUGAACUGUUGAAUGUAUUAUUCAUCACAUGAAUAUAUAUUAAAAGUAUUGUAUGAGAAAAUAUAUUUUAUUGCAAGUGUGUUUGUAGCAUUUACUGCUGGGUUGCAGUCAUUGUUCAGCAACUAGUAUUUUAUGUAUGUGUGUGUUUUUUUUUUUUUCAGUUUUUCUUUAUUCUAGUUAUGUAAAGAUGAGUUGUCAUUCUUUCUCUUUCCAUAUUUAGAGUUAAUUUUGUUCUUCGUAGAUUGUUAAAACGUGAUUAAUUUCAGAUUUUGGGAAAAUUUGAUGUAUUCAAAACUUUCUUUGCUACAUUUUUAAGAGAAUUUAGUGUAGAUUUUUUAAUUGUUUAUUCUGCAUUCAAAUCAGGAACAUAGCUAAGAACUGUAUUUUAAUUUAAUAGUGGGGGCAUAUCAUAACUUUUCUAAUGACGAGAGCGAAAUCCCAAACUAGAUCAUUUGGUAGUGUAUAAAAUGCCAGUCAUUCAAGUAUCAGAUGUCUGAUCAUUGUGCUAGUACACCAGAUGAAAGUUUUUGUUGAACUUUUUUUUUUAUUAAUACCUUUCCAUGGACUUUGGCUAGCUAGAUGAAGCAAAAUUUUACUAAAUUUAUGAUGAAAUAGUGAACCAGAAAGUAAAAAAUAAAAGGAUAUAAAUUUUUGAUGACCCAUAUGUACUGAAUAACAUUUUUUAAGCUGAGAAUGGUUAAUUAUAAUUAAGCAUAGCAGUCAAAACUAUUUACCUAGAGGAAGGACUUUCAAAUGGAGCAUGCUUGAUAUUUCAAUCACACUUACAAGCCAACUGAUUCAGCUAUUGGGAAUUGAAUCUGACACAAACUACCAGACUUUUUUAUUCCCUUUCCUCCCACCCCCCUUGCUCACUACUGGGUACCUUUAAGUUAGCUGUAAAGAAGCUUAACUUAAAGCUGUGUAUUUAAAGCAUAGAACUCGGAUUGUUAAUUAUAAGUAAAAAAUUAUGUAAGUAGCUUUUAUCUGAAACACUGGUGGAUUUGUAUGUAGCAGUUAGUAAUAUUAAUGAAUUGAUGUUUUUAAAAUUUCCAUUUCUUUCAAAAUUCAGAAAUAUCUGUAGUUAAAAAUAUUUUAUUUAUAGUUUUACUCAAAGAUAAGCGCUUAUGGCUCAUGAAAGACUUUUUAAAUCAAUAUUUAAUUUCCUUUGAUUAUAUAUCCAAAUAUGUGUGUGUUUAAAUGCAAUUUUCAUCAAUAAAAAUGUGCAAGUGGUAAAUUUAACACAUUCAUAUUUUUUGUAAAUAUUUAUACCUGCUUUAUAAAUAAAACAUACUCAGAGUUUUAAAUUCA